AUGACCGGAAGCAUGGAGACACUCACUAACAGUACUAGCCAAUACAUGAGCAAGACCGAUCAAUUCAUGGCAAGAACCGAUGCCACAUUACAAAAUCAAGCAUCUAUUCUUCAAAACCAAGGGGCUUCCAUUCGGAACCUUGAGGUGCAAAUGGAGCAACUAGCCAAUGCAUUAUCGGCUAGAGAAAAAGAUGGACUACUAAGCCAAAUGGAGGUGAAUCCUAAAGGCAAAGAUCAUUGUUAUGCCAUCACUCUCCAGAAUGGGAAUCUAGUGAAAACUAUUGUAGAUCUUGAUGCUGAAAAGGUACUUGCAGUUGAAUUAGAUUGGCCUGACAGUUCUCUGCCUGCACCUCCAGUCAAGGCAUAUGUACCACCUAUUCAAUUUCCACAAAGGUUGAGGAGUGCCAAAAAGGACAACCAAUUUUUUAAGUUCCUUGAGGUAUUCAAGAAGUUACAAGCCAAUAUCCCUUUUGCGAAAGCAUUGGAGCAAAUGCCUAGCUAUGCUAAAUUUAUGAAGGAAAUUUUGUCUAAAAAGAGGAGGGUGAAAGACUUUGAGAGUAUACAAUUAACGGAGGAGUGCAGCGCAAUAGUGCAACAAAAGCUUCCGAUAAAGCACAAAGACCCAGGAAGUUUCACUAUUCCUUGCACAAUUGGCUCUACAUUGAUUGAGCAAACUCUUUGUGACUUAGGUGCAAGUAUUAAUCUCAUGCCACUCUCCAUCGCCAAGCACAUUGGGUUAGACGAAAUUAGUCCAACCACAAUGUCUUUGCCAAUGGCGGAUCGAUCCAUCAAAUAUCCUCUUGGCAUAAUGGAGAAUAUUUAG